UUGUAUACGUUUUAAUCACAACGAUAUCCGUAUUGGUUACUUGCCAUAUCGACGACAAAAAUGAAUAUACUCCUGGACCCGUGACAUAUAAUGCUAGGUCCGUUGUUGUUAAUGGGAAGCCGAUACUUAUAUUUUCGGGCUCCAUUCAUUAUCCACGAAGCACGCCUGAGAUGUGGCCAGAUUUGAUUAGGAAGGCAAAAGAAGGAGGAUUAAAUACAGUUGAAACUUAUGUUUUUUGGAAUGUCCAUGAGCCUCUUCAAGGCCAGUAUAAUUUUACAGGAAAUUAUGAUUUGGUGAAAUUCAUUAAGUUGAUUGCUGAACAUAAUAUGUAUGCAAUCUUAAGGCUUGGACCUUUCAUUCAGGCAGAAUGGAAUCUUGGAGGACUACCAUACUGGUUAAGAGAUGUUCCGGGGAUCAUAUUUCGCUCGUAUAAUGAACCCUACAUGGAUCAUAUGAAAAGAUAUAUGGAAAUGAUUGUCAAAAUGAUGAAGGCGGAGAAGUUAUUUGCACCUCAAGGAGGCCCUAUUAUCCUUGCACAGGUUGAAAAUGAGUAUAAUCAUGUUCAAGAAUCAUAUAGGGAAAAAGGCAUUCAAUACGUCAAGUGGGCAGCUGAUAUGGCGACAGGGUUGUAUCCCGAUAUCCCAUGGAUAAUGUGCAAGCAAAAGGAUGCCCCUCAAAAUGUGAUAAGUACAUGCAAUGGAAGGCAUUGUGCAGAUACUUUUGGUGGCCCAAAUGGCCCUGAUAAGCCUUCUUUAUGGACCGAAAACUGGACUGCUCAAUAUCGAGUUUUUGGAGAUCCACCAUCUCAAAGAGCAGCAGAAGAUAUUGCAUUCUCGGUUGCUCGGUUCUUUAUGAACAAUGGAAGCAUGACUAAUUAUUACAUGUAUCAUGGUGGAACCAACUUUGGAAGAACAAGUUCUUCUUUCGUGACCACUCGCUACUAUGAUGAAGCUCCUCUUGACGAAUUUGGUUUAAUAAGAGAUCCUAAAUGGAGUCACCUUAGAAAUCUCCACAGGACUUUGAGAUUGAUAAAGAAGCCUUUUCUUUCGGGUACUCGUAAAGUCCAAGAGAUUAACAAAUAUGUCCAAAUAGUUACUUAUGAGAAACCUGAAAGCAAUCUUUGUGCAGCGUUCUUAAGCAACCGUCACAAGAAAGUCCACCGGACCAUUGCAUUUAGGGGAAAUAAUUAUUUCCUGCCACGACGAUCUGUUGCCAUUCUUCCUGAUUGCAAAAAUGUUAUUUUUAACACAGAACUUAUCAUAUCACAACAUAACUCAAGGACUUUUGUCACUUCAAAGAAAGCCAACAAUUUUAAAUGGGAGUGCUAUAAGGAGAACAUUCCUACUUUUAGUGAUUUACCAGCUCAGAGUAAAACACCAUUGGAACUCACAUCCAUGACUAAAGACACCACUGAUUAUAUGUGGUAUGGUACCAGCUUAAAUCUCUAUAAAGAUGAUCUACCUAUGAGACCAGAUAUCUUGCCAGUAAUACAAAUACAAAGUCUUGGGGAUGCAUUGUUGGCAUUUGUUAAUGGACAAUAUAUAGGGUUUGGACAUGGAAACUUCAUUGAAAAGGCAUUUACAUUCACCAAACCCGUGAGUCUGAAGGUCGGAUUGAAUCAGAUAUCUAUCUUGGCAAUGACCGUGGGACUACCGAAUAGUGGAGCGUACAUGGAGAAGAGGUUUUCAGGCAUUCGAGCCGUUAUGUUACUAGGUAUGAGUAGUGGUUCUCUUGAUAUCACACUCAACCAAUGGGGUCAUAAGGUUGGCAUUGAGGGAGAAUCCCUGAGAUUAUUCACAGAAGAGGGAUCGAAAAAGGUUAAAUGGGGGCCAGCCAGCGGACCAGGAACACCUAUUACAUGGUACAAGACGCAUUUUAAUGCCCCAGAAGGAAACAACCCGGUAGCUAUCAAGAUGGGCAGAAUGGGCAAAGGAGUAGUUUGGGUCAACGGUCAUAACCUUGGUCGUUAUUGGGAAAAUUAUCGUUCCCCUCUUGGAGCCCCUUCUCAAACUGAGUAUCACAUCCCACGGGCUUUCUUAAAACCAAAUAACAACUUUUUGGUCGUGUACGAGGAAAGUAGUGGAACCAUUGAUGGUGUCUCGAUCAACACUGUAAAUCGGGAUAUCAUUUGUAGCUAUAUGUACGAAGACUAUCCGCCGAAUCUUGACACAUGGAAAAUAGAAAAGGACAUUGUCAAGCCUAUCGCCGAAAAUUCCAAACCAGAAGCUCAACUUAUUUGUGACCCUGAAAAAUAUAUCAAGGAAAUUCAGUUUGUUGGUUUUGGUAAUCCUUGGGGAUCAUGUGGUACUUAUAUGCAAGGAACGUGUCAAGCUCCCAAUGCCAAGAAAGUCGUCGAAAAGGCUUGCUUAGGAAAGAAUAGUUGCAGAGUUACACUUGAUAGAGCGACUUUGGGCGAGCCGAGUGGUGACGUUGCUUGUGCUCAAGACAAGGUUAAAAGACUUGCUAUCCAAGUGAGGUGUGGGAAGAAGAAAGAAGCAUAGAUUGAUAGAUGACUUUUUUUUUUUUUUCAUUUGGCCGGGUUAGGGUGUUUGUGACAUUUUUUGCUAAUUGAAAGACCUUGAUCGACAAAGAAA